AUGGAUGGGGGGAAGAUGCACCUGGAAGUGCAUCUUUGGGCUGGUGAAACAGUAGAUGCUGAGAAACUGCUCACAGUGCUCUUCCUUGUCAUUGCAGGUGUGCGAGUCCUCGUGGAUGCCAGAGAGAAACUCCAUAUCCCUUGGGGAGAUCCUGCCAACCAGAGCAACGGGGACAAGGUGAUGGCUUUCGACACCCGCGCAGUCACCGUGGUGCAGGGCAUGGUGGAGACCGGUGUUUUUUUGGACUACCUGCCGGCCAUCCGAGCCCUGUGGGCAGACAGUGGCAUCCAGCACGCGUACGACAGGCGCAGGGAGUUCCAGCUGGGGGAAUCUGUAAAGUAUUUCUUGGACAACUUGGAUAAACUUGGAGAACAAGAUUACCUUCCCUCACAGCAAGACAUCCUGCUGGCACGAAGGCCCACCAAAGGGAUUCACGAGUACGACUUUGAAAUCAAGAAUGUCCCUUUCAAGAUGGUCGAUGUGGGUGGCCAGAGGUCAGAACGGAAGCGGUGGUUCGAGUGCUUUGACAGUGUCACAUCCAUAUUGUUCCUCGUGUCCUCCAGCGAAUUCGACCAAGUGCUGAUGGAGGACCGGCAGACAAAUCGCCUGACGGAGUCCCUGAACAUUUUUGAAACGAUAGUCAACAACCGUGUGUUCAGCAACGUGUCCAUCAUCCUCUUCUUGAACAAGACGGACUUGCUUGAGGAAAAAGUACAGAAAGUCAGCAUCAAAGACUAUUUCCCAGAGUUUGAAGGGGAUCCCCACUGCCUAACAGAUGUCCAAAAAUUCCUGGUGGAUUGUUUUCGCACGAAACGCCGGGACCAGCAGCAGAAGCCCCUGUACCACCACUUCACCACUGCUAUUAACACAGAGAACAUCCGGCUAGUUUUCCGUGAUGUUAAGGAUACCAUCCUGCACGACAACCUCAAGCAGCUGAUGUUACAGUGAUGUGCAAAAAAAGACCGGUUUAUUUCAGUAACUCUUGUGUGUUGUUUAACUAGAAGUUUACAGCAGGAGUAGAGAAAUCCAGAUCCUGUCAGACUUCUUGAUAUGUGGCUAAAAGCUGCUGCUGAACACAUUAUUGCCAAUUUCUGCAGAAAUUCAGGCUUAAUCUCUUCCAGUGUAGCUUCAAGUUGACUCAAGUUGUAAUUUUAUAGCAGACCUAUGUCUAAGUUACCUGUAAAGUGGUAAAUUUGACCUUUUACAAACAUAUGUAUUAUCCUAGAAAAUCCAGAAUUCCAAGUUGAAACUUCAAUGAAAUUGUUGCAAUUAUUAUACUGUGGCAGUAGUUUAAAGUGGGGGGGGAGAGAAACUUUUCACAUCUAACUUCAUUGUAAAGACUGUGAUACCAUAGCUGACUUAUGAUUUCUCAGGUCUAUUUUUGGUUAGAAAUCCCAUCAAAUCCCUUGCUGGAAUCAUCUCUUUGAAGCGUGGGUUCCUGGCUGUAACGUACUUCCUGUUUAAGUAUAAAUCAUGGCGUUGGGUUGGAAUAGGAGAUGCUUUAAAAAUACAUAAAAUCAGGAGUUUCAGACAUAUCUGUCAGGAAGUGCUGAGUCCAGUGACGAGGGAUGAGUGGUUGGCACAGUACACGGAUUCACUCCGGAGGCGUCCGCACGUCCUGGAGCCAUGGCACAGAGCACUCUGAUCAAUCCUCUCGGCAUUCUGGUGUGGGAUGGGGGGAGCAAGCCCAGCUGGUGUUUUUUAUCUUCACUGACUAGAUGUUUACUGGAAGUAGCAGAUGUUACCUGUGGCUCACCUGUUCUGGAAGCGCUUUAACUUAGCACUGGUUUAUUUGAGCUCCCUGCCUCCUUCCCAGGUGCCUCCUCUGAGUCAGGAGCGUUUGGUGAUGGAGAGAAGGACUUGCAAACCUAAGUGCCUCCUUUGUUCUGUUCUCCUCUGGCAUUUUCAGUGGCCUUAUGAAUUCCCAGCAGAGGCCUUGUGUAGCUGACACCGUGCAGAUGAAUGUUUUCUUCUGAAGAAAAAUUAAAGACAGUGUUCCAGCAGAAUGUGCUUCGGCUGAUGAGGUUCUUUCUGAGACUUUCCAGUUGGGUCUAAGCAAUCCUAAGUGUACUUGAGCCAAAUAGGUUGCACAGCAUCUUCCAGAAUGCUGCUUGUGACUAUUUUACCCAAAGUCCUUUUGCAGUUUUGUUUAAUUUUCUUAAGGGGAACAUUGCCAUGUGAUUAAAAAAAGAAAUUACAAUAAUAAUAAUGAAAAAUAGUGAAAGUGAAGCAAUCCUGAUGUACCCCACAGCACACUGCAAAAAGAGAGUGAGAUUGUGAUACAAAAACCAGUGUCCUUGCCACGUUUCCCCCAGGCUGUAGUGUGGUGUGGGCAGCUCAGCUGCCACUUUCCCCCAUGGAAUUGGCCAGUUCCUGUGGAUCAUGCUGGUGGCCAAUCCUUGAAUACAUUUUUAUUCUCAUCCCACGAGCUGGGGGUGACAUGGUGGUGUCACUGCUGGGAGCAGUGGCCCUGCCAGGACAUAGGAAAUCUGCCUGUCUCCUGAACUUAGUCUUUGCUUACUGUGAUUGUAAGUUGUAUUAACAUCUCUGUACCUCGUUCUCCUGGCAGUAGAAGGGGAAUAGUGUAUUUUUAUUUAGUUAGGUGCUUUGAAAGACCUCUAUUUUUUUAUAUCAUCCAGCAAAUAGUCAUAGGGUAGUCUGUGAUUCUGGCCGUCAGACACUGUUUAGGGAGGAGAGAAUUCUAAAAAGAGCUUGGGAGAAGUCACAGUGCAGAGUCUAAACACAAUCCUCACGUCUGGAUGCAGCACUGAUGUCAGGAGGGUUAAUAGAAUCUUGGAUGGGGAUAUUUAAUAUAGACUUUGCCUCUACUGGACAGGGAUUAUUUCUGAUUUGGUGUGUUCAGGUUAUAUGUGAGCAAUUCAAGAAGGACAGUGAAGCAGAGACCUCUUUCAAGGACUGAGCAACACACCUGUGAUGGGAGCAGAAGUUCUCCUUUGGGCUAUAAAUGCGUCAUGAGCAGACACAAACCUCUGGUGGCCUCCAAGUCCAGUCUUGGAAAGCAGAAAACAAAUCCAUGCCCUUGGUUGUCAACAGGAGGAAGAGUUGGGUUGGUUUUUCCUUUGCUGACAGUUGUCUGAACAAGUGUCUUUUCAAAACAGAGACUUACCUCUGAUUAAAACAGUUGAUUUGGGGAAGUCUGCAGAAGGUGCUUUGGAGGGUGUCAGACCAGAUGAUUGCAGAAAAGACUGAAGGUAGUGGAUGAUAGGGUGAGUACCAGGGAUUUGUCUAAACUAAUUUAUGUGAAGUGUUGAUGAAUUUUUUGUCAAUUGAACCUGUUAAUGUACUGAAGAUUCUCAAAACUGAUGUCAGUCUAAGGAUGUAGCCAGGAUCACUGGGCACUUGUCCCCUUAGCUAAAGUGGGGAAAUCCUCAGCAGCUUCUCCCCAGAACCACCACAAAAAUCCCUGUUUUGAAUCCUUUGAGAUCACUCUCCUGUGAACCCCAGGGCCUGGAACAGAGCGAGGGGGACCCCCAUGCUGGGUCCCUCAUAGGCCUGGUAGAUAAAGCACUAUAUGAAUCUCAGGCAGAAAUGAAUUGUUCUAAUGAAAUAACUGAGUCAAAUCACUCGUGUUUCCCACUCCCAGUUGGUGAGAGGGGUGAGGCAAUGCACCUGGAUGUUCCUGUUUACAUGGUUCCUGUGUUACCCUACAGCCAAAAACCCCAAACCAACACCCUUGUCCAUCUUCAGGCUCACUCUUCAUGAGCUCCCUGAACAGAGCAACCUUGGGCUAUUGUGUUACCUGUUAGAUUUGUUCCUAAAUACCAUUUAUUUGUAGCAGGACAUAAAUCUGGUACAAGAGCUGAAGGGUUCAUGCUCUGAACAGGCUGAGUUUGUCCUGAAACAACCAGAAUUACAGUUUGCUGGUGAGAGUGAAGCUUCCUCAUGGAGACCAGUCUGUGGUACAAGGUUGGGAUGUAUUCCUAGUGAGGGUGGGAAAGCAGAUAGAAAGUGAAGUGUCCCAGAAAAUCAAGUUU